CGGGGGGGUGUUAAUGCCUCUGGGGGUGCUGUCAGUAAUUAGGGGGGCCCUCAUUAGCGUAAUUAAUCCCAUUCAGCUCUCGGUGGUGGAGUACGACCCCGGCACCCACGACCUGAAGACCCUCUCCCUGCACUACUUCGAGGAGCCCGAGCUCAGGGACGGCUUCGUGCAGAACCUGCACACCCCCCAGUUGCGAGUGGGGGAUUUUAGGGGUGUGUGGGUGGAUUUUGGGGUCCCCCCAACGCUCUGUGUCCCCCCAGGAUGGUUUGUGCAGAAUGUGCACACCCCCCAUGUGUGUGGGGUGGAUUUUGGGGUCCCCCAAUGA